UCAUCCGCCGCCCCUCACACACACAUACACUGCCCUUCAUAGCCUGCAGUAACCCCGCUGUCCCUGAAUGAGCCGCCAGCGCUGCCACAGACCGCCCACGUCCACACCCACCUCUGCAUCACGCCUCGCUUCCUCGCCGGCCGUCAGUCUCGCCCGAACUUCAUACAGGACGGACGUGCGUGCCUCCGCCUCCGCCACGCCUGCUCAGUGCCCAACCCGCAGCCGUCGCAAUGGUGAUCAAGGAGAAGAAGAAAACGGAGAAGAUGGAGAAGAAACCACAGAAGCAAAAGCCGGAAACACCUAAGGAUGAGAAGUGUAUUUGCCAGAUAUGCACGUGUGGGCGGCACCGAUGUCCCCACUCGCAGCCCUCCGUGCGUCGCUGGCAACACACUGCUCUGGUGGACGAGUCUGCUCCGAUGGAAUACACGACGGAGCAGAGCGCGGCCUACAAGUCUUACUCCUCCUCCCAGCACAGAACUGCACUCAAGAUGGAGAAGAAGUACCUGGAGACCUUCAGCGUGAGUGGAGAGACCCAUCGCCAUCACCUUGAACAGUCCCAGGCAGAGGGCGCUUCAUUCGCCGGCGCCCAGCAGAUGACAACCUCCUCCUCGACACAAGAACACAGGUCAUCCAGCAGCACGCAGGAGAAACGGUCAUACUCGAGCAUGCAGGAGAGCUCUUCCUCCAGCAAAGAGAAACACAUGCGCUCAUCCUACGACCAACACACUCAGCAGGAAUUACAGAAGUUUGCAGACUCGCUGUCUAUCCAGGAGGACUUGUUCAGUAGCGAGGCACAGCAGCAGCAGCAACAGCAGGCGGGACUCACCACAGACGGCGGCCGACACGUCACGCAGGCAACGCAGCAGCAGGCAGUGUUACGAGUCGGGGAGCCAAGCAUGAUUGAGAUCAUCCCCGGGGCAGGAGGCGGCGGUCUGACAGUGAGCGGCACUUCGACCUCCUCCUCUUCCAAGAUGGCUGCUGAACACUCUUCCGUCAGUUCCUACCAGGUGUCCUCCUCCUCCUCCUCCUCCUUCUCACGCAAACUGAACCAGACGUCAGACUCGCGUGAAGUGGUCAGUGGAAGCGUCAUUACUGAGGGCACCAACAAAAUACUAGAAAGUCAACAAGCAGCAUCAAGUAUGGACAUGCAAAUGAUGAGCUCUGCAGCAACACACGAAAGCAGACAUCAGGAGAGCAGGUCAUCCACGAGACAGGAGCUUCAGGAGAUGUCAGAGACUCAGCAGAUGUCAUUGUCAAGUCAGCAGCAGCAACAGAGUCAGUACAUGUCAUCAGAGAAUCGUCAGAUGUCCAGCAGUCAGCAGAUCUCAGAACUGGAUAAACUCUCGAAAAGUCAGAUUUCAGAGAGUCAAAGGAAGUCUACAAGUCAAGAAGUGUCCUUAGCUAGCCACGAGACUUCACACCAUAGCACACACAUGAGGGAGAGCCAUCAGGAGACAUCCUCGGUCUCCUCCCAGCACGCUUCGCAAGUCCAGGAAAAUAUACAGACAUCUCAGAUUAGAGAUACGCGGACCGCCAGAAGUAGACAGGAGAUGUCCAGCAUUAUGGUUGAGGGAGAUUACCAUGGUAAGAGUACAGCAAAGGAAGAAUUCAUGACAAUAUCUGGUGUAGCUCUACCAGCGAGUCGCCCAAAAGAUUCCAUCAAGUUGACAGGAGAAUACAACUACCCAGAGAGAGCCAUCCCGGGUAAAGGUGAUCGAGCAGACGUCAAACGACCCUCCGACAACCUGAGGCCAGAGGGAGACUUCACUGCCCCCGAGAGGACAUCACCGGGUAAGGGAGAUCGAGCAGACGUCAAACGACCCUCCGACAACCUGAGGCCAGAAGGAGACUUCACAGCACCGGAGAGGACAUCACCAGGCAAAGGUGAUCGAGCAGAUGUAAGGAGACCUUCCGAUAACUUACGAUUUGAAGGAGAUUUCUCGGUGCCCGACAAGACAUCACCAGGAAAGGGUGACAGAGCGGAUGUCAAGAGGCCCUCUGACAGCCUGAGGCCGGAAGGAGAUUUCUCAGUGCCUGACAAAACUUCACCUGGUAAGGGCGAACGAGCAGAUGUCAAGAGGCCCUCUGAUAGCUUGAGGCCCGAAGGAGACUUCAGUGCCCCAGAGAAGACCUCACCAGGGAAGGGAGAACGAGCAGAUGUCAAAAGACCCUCCGACAACUUGAGACCUGAGGGGGAUUUCACUGCCCCCGAAAGGACUUCACCAGGCAAAGGCGACCGAGCAGACGUCAAGAGGCCCUCCGACAACUUGAGGCCUGAGGGAGACUUUUCAGUGCCCGACAAGGCCUCGCCAGGUCAGGGUGACCGAGCACCUGUACGGAGGCCACAGGACAACCUUGCUCCGUCUGGCGAUUUCGAAGGUGUCAGCACAAACAAGAACUACUACAAUGUUGUCCAGGGCGAGAGGGCAGAUAUUAGACAACACCAGGACUCCCUGAAAAUGACAGGGGAGUUUACGGGCGUUACUUCCAGCCAAGAAACAUUCCAUCAGCACCAGUCCGUGUCACGAUCAGAGCGAGUUGUUCACGAGGACAACAUCAAAUUAGAAGGAGAUAUCACCACCAUGCAGUCCUCUUCCCACUCUGAGUAUUUAGAAAAGACCGGUGAUCGCCCAAAGCUCCAAAGGAAGAAGACCUGGACGAAACUUGAGGGAGAAAUGUACAUGAACCGGUCUAGUGAUGAGUAUCAAGCUUACCAGACGACAGAAAAAUCCCACGUGACCCGCCAUGAAGACAAUCUCAGAAUGGAAGGUAUAUUUGAAGGAAAAACAAAGGAAACAGAAAUAGUAAAAGGGGAAAGAGCAAUUACUAGACGCCAUGAAGAUAACUUGAGGCUUGAGGGGACUUUUGAAGGGAAACCAACUGAUGAGGCUCCUCUUGGGGAAAGAGCACCCACAAAAAAACAUCCUGAUAACCUACGCCUUGAAGGAGAUUUUGAAAGCAAACCGACUGAAGAUGCCCCGGUUGGUGAGCGUGCAUCAAUGAAACGAUAUCCAGACAACCUCAAGCUCUCAGGGGAUAUUGAAACUCCCUCGCCGGAGGGUGUUCCCCUGGCGGUGAGAGAAGCUAUCAAGAGAUACCCAGACAACUUACGCAUGGAAGGGGAAUUCACUGGACGCUCAAGGAGUCGCAGUCCCAUCAAAGGUGAAAGAGCACAACAAAAACGUCAUGCUGACAACCUCAAGAUGGAGGGCACCUUCGAAGGAAUGGAAAGAAGCAAGAGUCCCACGAAAGGCGAGCGUGUACCAACCAAAAGGCAUCCUGAUAAUCUCAAGGUGGAGGGGGACUUUUUAGGGCGGUCACCUGAGUCAGCCCCAAAGGGAGAACGUGCCCCCGUCAAAAAGCAUCCUGACAAUCUUAAGAUGGAAGGAGAGUUUGAGACUCAACCAAGAGGCAGAAGUCCAGUAAAGGGUGAGAGAGCAAAAACUAAGAAACAUCCAGAUAAUCUGAAAGUUGAGGGAGAAUUUGAAGGUAAGCCCAAGCAACCAGCACCAAAGGGCGACCGAGCAGCAACAAAGAAACACGAGGACAAUCUCAAGAUGGAAGGCUCUUUAGUCGUGAGAGAACGCAGCAAAAGUCCAACUAAAGGGCAGAGGGCGCAAAUAAAGAAACAUCCAGACAAUCUUAAGUUACAAGGAGAUUUUGAAGGAAAGCCAACGGACACAACACCACUAAAGGGGGAGAGAGCAAAAAUAGUGCGUCAUGAAGACCAGCUACACAUGGAGGGAGACUUCAGUGUAGAGAGGAAGGAGCAGAUCACAUACAGAGGUGAAAGAGCUGAAAUCAAAAGGCAUGAGGACAGUCUACGAAUGGAAGGUUCCUUUACUGGAAGAGAGGAAGAGUAUUAUGUUACCAAAGGUGAGCGGGCCUCUAUUGUAAGGCAUGAAGACAAUCUUCAUAUGCAAGGAGAUUUUAUGGUGCCUGAGACAGAGAAAGCCCCUAAGGGAGUAAGGGAGCCGAUGAAGAAAUACCCUGAUAACAUUAAACUGUCGGGGGACUUUGUUGGAAAACCUCGUGAAGGUGCACCAUAUGGUGAACGUGCUCCUAUUAAGAGGCACCCAGACAACUUAAGAAUGGAAGGAGACUUUGUAGCACCUACGCCAGAGGAAGCUCCAAGGCCAGAAAGAGCACCAGUGAAGAGGCAUCAGGAUAAUUUGCAUAUGACAGGGGAAUUUCAUGGCAGAGAAGAAGAUUAUCGCAUCAUGAAAGGGGAGAGAGUUGAAGUGGUACGUAGAGAAGACAACCUAAGAAUGGAAGGAGAAUUUAUUGGCAAAGAAUAUGAAGAAAUUUCAAUUGGCGAGCGGGCUCCAGCCAAAAGGCACCCUGAUAACCUGAAAAUGGUGGGAGACUUUUAUGCACCUACUCCUGAAGAUGCUCCUAAGGGAGAAAGAGCCCCAAUCAAAAGACAUGAAGACAACCUUCGAAUGACUGGAAAAUUCCAAGGAAAGGAGGAAGAAACAAGAAUAUUUCGAGCAGAACGAAGUGAAGUGGUGAGACACACAGACAAUCUUCGUAUGGAAGGAGAAUUUAUUGGUAAAGAGUAUGAAGAUGUAACAAUAGGUGAGAGAGCACCACUGAAGAAGCAUCCAGAUAAUCUGCGUAUGGAUGGAAAGUUUUAUGCUCCCACACCAGAAGAAGCUCCGAAAGGAGAAAGAGCUCCUGUCAAAAGACAUCUUGAUAACCUCACCAUGGCAGGAGACUUCGAGGGCAAGCCAAGGGAAGACGCUCCUUAUGCUCAAAGAGAGCCAAUAAAGAAACAUCCUGACAAUCUCCGCAUGGAUGGGGACUUCUAUGCCCCAUCUCCAGGUGAAGCUCCUCGUGGUGAGAGGGCUCCUGUCAAGAAACAUCCUGAUAAUCUGAAAAUGACUGGAGACUUUGAAGGCAAGCCAAGAGAAGACGCUCCUCAUGCUCAGAGAGCUCCUGUUAAGAAACACCCAGACAACCUUCGCAUGGAUGGCGACUUCUAUGCCCCAUCUCCGGAUGAAGCACCACGAGGUGAGAGAGCUCCAGUAAAGAAGCAUCCAGACAACCUCAAGAUGGUUGGAGACUUUGAAGGCAAGCCAAGAGAAGAUGCUCCUCAUGCUCAAAGAGCUCCUGUCAAGAAACACCCAGACAACCUUCGCAUGGAUGGCGACUUCUAUGCACCAUCUCCGGAUGAAGCACCACGUGGUGAGAGAGCUCCAGUGAAGAAACAUCCUGAUAACUUGAAGAUGGCUGGUGACUUUGAAGGCAGACCCAGGGAAGAUGUUCCUUAUGCUCAAAGGGCCCCUGUCAAGAAACAUCCAGACAACCUUCGCAUGGAUGGAGACUUCUACGCUCCCUCUCCUGAUGAGGCUCCUCGUGGUGAGAGAGCUCCAGUGAAGAAACAUCCAGAUAACCUCAAAAUGGCAGGAGACUUUGAGGGAAAACCAAGGGAGGAUGCUCCAUAUGCGCAAAGACAACCUGGUAAGAAACACCCAGACAACCUGCGUAUGGAUGGCGAUUUCUACGCUCCAUCUCCUGGAGAAGCACCUCGCGGUGAACGAGCUCCAGUCAAGAAACAUCCCGACAACCUGAAAAUGACAGGAGAAUUCCAAGGAAAGGAAGAUGAAUUCAGAGUUAUCCGUGGAGAAAGAGUUGACGUUGUGCGGCGAGAAGACAACCUUCGUAUGGAAGGAGAGUUUAUUGGCAAGGAAUAUGAACAAGUUACUGUUGGGGAACGUGCAACGGUGCAAAGGCACGUUGACAACCUUCGCAUGGAGGGAGAGUUUAUUGGAAAGGAAUAUGAACAGAUCACCGUGGGUGAACGAGCUACUGUCAAGAAACACACAGACAACCUGCGAAUGGACGGAGAAUUUUAUGCACCAUCUCCUGAGGAGGCUCCUCGUGGUGAGAGAGCUCCAGUCAAGAAACACCCUGACAACUUGAAGAUGGUCGGUGACUUUGAGGGCAAACCAAGGGAAGAUGCACCUUAUGGUCAAAGGGCCCCUGUCAAGAAACACCCUGACAACCUUCGUAUGGAUGGCGACUUCUACGCCCCAUCUCCUGACGAAGCACCUCGUGGUGAGAGAGCUCCAGUCAAGAAACACCCUGACAACUUGAGGAUGGCUGGAGAUUUCGAGGGUAAGCCAAGGGAGGAUGCACCCUAUGCAGAAAGGGCCCCUGUCAAGAAACACCCUGACAACCUUCGUAUGGAUGGGGACUUCUAUGCCCCAUCUCCCGACGAAGCACCUCGUGGUGAGAGAGCUCCAGUCAAGAAACACCCAGAUAACCUCAAAAUGGCUGGAGACUUCGAGGGUAAACCAAGGGAGGACGCUCCUUAUGCUCAAAGAGAACCAGUUAAGAAACACCCAGACAAUCUCCGCAUGGAUGGUGACUUCUAUGCCCCAUCGCCAGGUGAGGCUCCGCGUGGUGAGAGGGCUCCAGUCAAGAAACAUCCUGAUAACCUGAAAAUGACUGGAGACUUUGAAGGCAAGCCGAGAGAAGAUGCUCCUUAUGCUCAGAGAGCUCCGGCUAAGAAACACCCAGACAACCUUCGUAUGGAUGGCGACUUCUAUGCCCCAUCUCCAGAUGAAGCACCACGAGGAGAGAGAGCUCCAGUAAAGAAGCAUCCAGACAACCUCAAGAUGGUUGGAGACUUUGAGGGCAAGCCAAGGGAAGAUGCUCCUCAUGCUCAAAGAGCUCCUGUCAAGAAACACCCAGACAACCUUCGAAUGGACGGAGACUUCUAUGCACCAUUACCAGGUGAAGCUCCACAUGGAGAGCGUGCUCCAGUAAAAAAGCAUCCUGACAACCUUAAAAUGGCUGGGGACUUUGAGGGCAGGCCAAGAGAGGACGCUCCUUAUGCUGUACGGGCCCCUGUGCAAAAGCAUCCUGAUAACCUUCACAUGGAUGGAGAGUUUUAUGCUCCUAGACAUGAAGAAGCACCUCGAGGAGAAAGGGCACCUGUCAAAAAACAUCCUGAUAACCUUAAAAUGGUGGGAGACUUUGAAGGUAAGCCUAGGGAGGACGCUCCUUAUGCUCAAAGACAACCAGUUAAGAAACAUCCCGAUAAUCUUCGCAUGGAUGGCGACUUUUAUGCUCCAUCUCCUGAUGAAGCACCACGAGGUGAAAGAGCUCCAGUAAAGAAACAUCCUGACAACUUAAAGAUGGCCGGUGACUUCGAGGGCAAGCCAAGGGAAGAUGCUCCUUAUGCUCAAAGGGCUCCUGUCAAGAAACACCCAGACAAUCUACGCAUGGAUGGAGACUUCUAUGCUCCUUCUCCUGAUGAAGCUCCUCGUGGUGAGAGAGCUCCAGUGAAGAAACAUCCUGACAAUCUUAAAAUGGUCGGAGACUUCCAGGGAAAACCAAGGGAGGAUGCUCCAUAUGCGCAAAGACAACCUGGUAAGAAACACCCAGACAACCUGCGUAUGGAUGGCGAUUUCUACGCUCCAUCACCUGGAGAAGCACCACGCGGUGAACGAGCUCCAGUCAAGAAACAUCCUGAUAACCUGAAAAUGACAGGAGACUUCCAAGGAAAGGAAGAUGAAUUCAGAGUAGUCCGUGGAGAAAGAGUUGACAUUGUGCGGCGAGAAGACAACCUUCGUAUAGAAGGAGAGUUUAUUGGCAAGGAAUAUGAACAAGUUACUGUUGGGGAACGUGCAACGGUGCAAAGGCACGUUGACAACCUUCGCAUGGAAGGAGAGUUCAUUGGAAAGGAGUAUGAACAGACCACCAUGGGUGAACGAGCUACUGUCAAGAAACACACAGACAACCUGCGAAUGGACGGAGAAUUUUAUGCACCAUCUCCUGAGGAGGCUCCUCGUGGUGAGAGAGCUCCAGUCAAGAAACACCCUGACAACUUGAAGAUGGUCGGUGACUUUGAGGGCAAACCAAGGGAAGAUGCACCUUAUGGUCAAAGGGCCCCUGUCAUGAAACACCCUGACAACCUUCGUAUGGAUGGCGACUUCUACGCCCCAUCUCCUGACGAAGCACCUCGUGGUGAGAGAGCUCCAGUCAAGAAACACCCUGACAACUUGAAGAUGGUCGGUGACUUUGAGGGCAAACCAAGGGAAGAUGCUCCUUAUGGUCAAAGGGCCCCUGUCAAGAAACACCCUGACAACCUUCGUAUGGUUGGGGACUUCUACGCCCCAUCUCCUGACGAAGCACCUCGUGGUGAGAGAGCUCCAGUCAAGAAACACCCUGACAACUUGAGGAUGGCUGGAGAUUUCGAGGGUAAGCCAAGGGAGGAUGCACCCUAUGCAGAAAGGGCCCCUGUCAAGAAACACCCUGACAACCUUCGUAUGGAUGGGGACUUCUAUGCCCCAUCUCCCGACGAAGCACCUCGUGGUGAGAGAGCUCCAGUCAAGAAACACCCAGAUAACCUCAAAAUGGCUGGAGACUUCGAGGGUAAACCAAGGGAGGACGCUCCUUAUGCUCAAAGAGAACCAGUUAAGAAACACCCAGACAAUCUCCGCAUGGAUGGUGACUUCUAUGCCCCAUCGCCAGGUGAGGCUCCGCGUGGUGAGAGGGCUCCAGUCAAGAAACAUCCUGAUAACCUGAAAAUGACUGGAGACUUUGAAGGCAAGCCGAGAGAAGAUGCUCCUUAUGCUCAGAGAGCUCCGGCUAAGAAACACCCAGACAACCUUCGCAUGGAUGGCGACUUCUAUGCCCCAUCUCCAGAUGAAGCACCACGAGGCGAGAGAGCUCCAGUAAAGAAGCAUCCAGACAACCUCAAGAUGGUUGGAGACUUUGAGGGCAAGCCAAGGGAAGAUGCUCCUCAUGCUCAAAGAGCUCCUGUCAAGAAACACCCAGACAACCUUCGAAUGGACGGAGACUUCUAUGCACCAUUACCAGGUGAAGCUCCACGUGGAGAGCGUGCUCCAGUAAAAAAGCAUCCUGACAACCUUAAAAUGGCUGGGGACUUUGAGGGCAGGCCAGAGGACGCUCCUUAUGCUGUACGGGCCCCUGUGCAAAAGCAUCCUGAUAACCUUCACAUGGAUGGAGAGUUUUAUGCUCCUAGACAUGAAGAAGCACCUCGAGGAGAAAGGGCACCUGUCAAAAAACAUCCUGAUAACCUUAAAAUGGUGGGAGACUUUGAAGGUAAGCCUAGGGAGGACGCUCCUUAUGCUCAAAGACAACCAGUUAAGAAACAUCCUGAUAAUCUUCGCAUGGAUGGCGACUUUUAUGCUCCAUCUCCUGAUGAAGCACCACGAGGUGAAAGAGCUCCAGUAAAGAAACAUCCAGACAACUUAAAGAUGGCCGGUGACUUCGAGGGCAAGCCAAGGGAAGAUGCUCCUUAUGCUCAAAGGGCUCCUGUCAAGAAACACCCAGACAAUCUACGCAUGGAUGGAGACUUCUAUGCUCCUUCUCCUGAUGAAGCUCCUCGUGGUGAGAGAGCUCCAGUGAAGAAACAUCCUGAUAAUCUUAAAAUGGUCGGAGACUUCCAGGGAAAACCAAGGGAGGAUGCUCCAUAUGCGCAAAGACAACCUGGUAAGAAACACCCAGACAACCUGCGUAUGGAUGGCGAUUUCUACGCUCCAUCACCUGGAGAAGCACCACGCGGUGAACGAGCUCCAGUCAAGAAACAUCCUGAUAACCUGAAAAUGACAGGAGACUUCCAAGGAAAGGAAGAUGAAUUCAGAGCCGUCCGUGGAGAAAGAGUUGACGUUGUGCGGCGAGAAGACAACCUUCGUAUAGAAGGAGAGUUUAUUGGCAAGGAAUAUGAACAAGUUACUGUUGGGGAACGUGCAACGGUGCAAAGGCACGUUGACAACCUUCGCAUGGAAGGAGAGUUCAUUGGAAAGGAGUAUGAACAGAACCGUGGUGAACGAGCUACUGUCAAGAAACACACAGACAACCUGCGAAUGGACGGAGAGUUUUAUGCACCAUCUCCUGAGGAGGCUCCUCGUGGUGAGAGAGCUCCAGUCAAGAAACACCCUGACAACUUGAAGAUGGUCGGUGACUUUGAGGGCAAACCAAGGGAAGAUGCACCUUAUGGUCAAAGGGCCCCUGUCAAGAAACACCCUGACAACCUUCGUAUGGAUGGCGACUUCUACGCCCCAUCUCCUGACGAAGCACCUCGUGGUGAAAGAGCUCCAGUCAAGAAACACCCUGACAACUUGAAGAUGGUCGGUGACUUUGAGGGCAAGCCAAGGGAAGAUGCACCUUAUGGUCAAAGGGCCUCUGUCAAGAAACACCCUGACAACCUUCGUAUGGAUGGCGACUUCUACGCCCCAUCUCCUGACGAAGCACCUCGUGGUGAGAGAGCUCCAGUCAAGAAACACCCUGACAACUUGAGGAUGGCUGGAGAUUUCGAGGGUAAGCCAAGGGAGGAUGCACCCUAUGCAGAAAGGGCCCCUGUCAAGAAACACCCUGACAACCUUCGUAUGGAUGGGGACUUCUAUGCCCCAUCUCCCGACGAAGCACCUCGUGGUGAGAGAGCUCCAGUCAAGAAACACCCAGAUAACCUCAAAAUGGCUGGAGACUUCGAGGGUAAACCAAGGGAGGACGCUCCUUAUGCUCAAAGAGAACCAGUUAAGAAACACCCAGACAAUCUCCGCAUGGAUGGCGACUUCUAUGCCCCAUCGCCAGGUGAGGCUCCGCGUGGUGAGAGGGCUCCAGUCAAGAAACAUCCUGAUAACCUGAAAAUGACUGGAGACUUUGAAGGCAAGCCGAGAGAAGAUGCUCCUUAUGCUCAGAGAGCUCCGGCUAAGAAACACCCAGACAACCUUCGCAUGGAUGGCGACUUCUAUGCCCCAUCUCCAGAUGAAGCACCACGAGGAGAGAGAGCUCCAGUAAAGAAGCAUCCAGACAACCUCAAGAUGGUUGGAGACUUUGAGGGCAAGCCAAGGGAAGAUGCUCCUCAUGCUCAAAGAGCUCCUGUCAAGAAACAUCCAGAUAACCUUCGAAUGGACGGAGAAUUCUAUGCACCAUCACCAGGUGAAGCUCCACGUGGUGAGCGAGCUCCAGUGAAGAAGCAUCCUGACAACCUUAAAAUGGCUGGGGACUUUGAGGGUAAGCCAAAGGAGGAUGCUCCGUAUGCACAAAGAGAACCUGUUAAGAAACAUCCAGACAAUCUUCGUAUGGAUGGAGACUUCUAUGCUCCUUCUCGUGAUAAGGCUCCUCGUGGUGAACGUGCUCCUGUCCAAAAGCAUCCUGACAACCUGAAAAUGGUUGGUGACUUUGAAGGAAAGCCUAGGGAAGAUGCUCCUUAUGCUGAAAGGGUUCCAGUAAAGAAACACCCAGAUAACCUGUGUAUGGAUGGUGACUUCUAUGCGCCCUCGCCUGGUGACGCUCCUCGUGGCGAACGAGCUCCAGUCAAGAAACAUCCUGACAACCUGAAAAUGACAGGAGACUUCCAAGGAAAGGAAGAUGAAUUCAGAGUCGUCCGUGGAGAAAGAGUUGACAUUGUGCGGCGAGAAGACAACCUUCGUAUGGAAGGAGAGUUUAUUGGCAAGGAAUAUGAACAAGUUACUGUUGGGGAACGUGCAACGGUACAAAGGCACGUUGACAACCUUCGUAUGGAGGGAGAGUUCAUUGGAAAAGAGUAUGAACAGAUCACCAUGGGUGAACGAGCUACUGUCAAAAAACACACAGACAACCUGCGAAUGGACGGAGAAUUCUAUGCACCAUCUCCUGAGGAGGCUCCUCGUGGUGAGAGAGCUCCAGUCAAGAAACACCCUGACAACCUAAAGAUGGUCGGUGACUUUGAGGGCAAGCCGAGGGAAGAUGCACCUCAUGGUCAAAGAGUCCCUGUCAAGAAACACCCUGACAACCUUCGUAUGGAUGGCGACUUCUACGCCCCAUCUCCUGACGAAGCACCUCGUGGUGUGAGAGCUCCAAUCAAGAAACACCCUGACAACUUGAGGAUGGCUGGAGAUUUCGAGGGUAAGCCAAGGGAGGAUGCACCCUAUGCAGAAAGGGCCCCUGUCAAGAAACAUCCUGACAACCUUCGUAUGGAUGGGGACUUCUAUGCCCCAUCUCCCGACGAAGCACCUCGUGGUGAGAGAGCUCCCGUCAAGAAACACCCUGAUAACCUAAAAAUGGCUGGAGACUUUGAGGGUAAACCAAAGGAGGACGCUCCUUAUGCUCAAAGAGAACCAGUUAAGAAACACCCAGACAAUCUCCGCAUGGAUGGCGACUUCUAUGCCCCAUCGCCAGGUGAGGCUCCGCGUGGUGAGAGAGCUCCUGUCAAGAAACAUCCUGAUAAUCUGAAAAUGACUGGAGACUUUGAAGGCAAGCCAAGAGAAGACGCUCCUCAUGCUCAGAGAGCUCCUGUUAAGAAACACCCAGACAAUCUUCGCAUGGAUGGCGACUUCUAUGCCCCAUCUCCUGAUGAAGCACCACGAGGUGAGAGAGCUCCAGUAAAGAAACAUCCAGACAACCUCAAGAUGGUUGGAGACUUUGAGGGCAAGCCAAGGGAAGAUGCUCCUCAUGCUCAAAGAGCUCCUGUCAAGAAACACCCAGACAACCUUCGUAUGGAUGGUGAGUUUUAUGCUCCAUCUCCUGAUGAAGCACCACGUGGAGAGAGAGCUCCAGUGAAGAAACAUCCUGACAACUUGAGGAUGGCUGGUGACUUUGAAGGCAGACCUAGGGAAGAUGUUCCUUACGCUCAAAGGGCCCCUGUCAAGAAACAUCCAGAUAACCUUCGUAUGGAUGGAGACUUCUACGCUCCCUCUCCUGAUGAGGCUCCUCGUGGUGAGAGAGCUCCAGUGAAGAAGCAUCCUGAUAACCUCAAAAUGGCAGGAGACUUUGAGGGAAAACCAAGGGAAGAUGUUCCAUAUGCUCAAAGAGAACCUGGCAAGAAACACCCAGACAAUCUGCGUAUGGAUGGUGAUUUCUACGCUCCAUCUCCUGGAGAAGCACCACGAGGCGAACGAGCUCCAGUAAAGAAACAUCCUGACAACCUGAAAAUGACAGGAGAAUUCCAAGGAAAGGAAGAUGAAUUCAGAGUCAUCCGUGGAGAAAGAGUUGACGUUGUGCGGCGAAAAGACAACCUUCGUUUGGAAGGAGAGUUUAUUGGCAAGGAUUACGAACAGGUUACGGUUGGUGAACGUGCAACGGUACAAAGGCAUGUUGACAACCUUCGCAUGGAGGGAGAGUUCAUUGGAAAGGAGUAUGAACAGAUCACCAUGGGUGAACGAGCUACUGUCAAAAAACACACAGACAACCUGCGAAUGGACGGAGAAUUCUAUGCACCAUCUCCUGAGGAGGCUCCUCGUGGUGAGAGAGCUCCAGUCAAGAAACACCCUGACAACCUGAAGAUGGUCGGUGACUUUGAGGGCAAACCAAGGGAAGAUGCACCUUAUGGUCAAAGGGCCCCUGUCAAGAAGCACCCUGACAACCUUCGUAUGGAUGGCGACUUCUACGCCCCAUCUCCUGACGAAGCACCUCGUGGUGAGAGAGCUCCAGUCAAGAAACACCCAGACAACUUGAGGAUGGCUGGAGAUUUUGAGGGCAAGCCAAGAGAAGAUGCACCUUAUGCUGAAAGGGCCCCUGUCAAGAAACACCCUGACAACCUUCGUAUGGAUGGCGACUUCUAUGCCCCAUCUCCCGACAAAGCACCUCGUGGUGAGAGAGCUCCAGUCAAGAAACACCCUGAUAACCUCAAAAUGGCUGGAGACUUCGAGGGCAAACCAAGGGAGGACGCUCCUUAUGCUCAAAGAGAACCAGUUAAGAAACAUCCUGAUAAUCUCCGCAUGGAUGGUGACUUCUAUGCCCCAUCGCCAGAUGAGGUUCCUCGUGGUGAGAGAGCUCCAGUUAAGAAACAUCUUGACAACUUAAGGAUGGUUGGUGACUUCGAAGGAAAGCCAAGAGAAGACGCUCCUUAUGCAGAAAGAGCCCCUGUCAAGAAACACCCAGACAAUCUCCAUAUGGAUGGAGAUUUCUAUGUUCCCUCUCCUGGAGAGACUCCCAGAGGAGAAAGAGCACCUUUGAGAAGACAUGAUGAUAACCUCCGUAUUACUGGUGAAUUUACAGGCAAAGAAGAAGACUACAAAGUAGUGCGUGGUGAGCGUGUGGAGAUAUCUCGUAGGGAAGAUAACCUACACAUGGAUGGCGAAUGGUUGGGGCAGUCUAGCACACACUAUGACUACCCAGUGGUUUCAUCGAUACGCAGCCAGGUAGUGCGCCAUGCUGACAAUCUUAAACAAGAAGGUGAAUUUGUAGGUAAGACCCAAUUCACUGAUGAUUACCAACUUUACCAGAGCCAACGUACACAAACCGUGAAGCACCCAGAUAAUCUUACCAUUGAGGGUAAAUACCACCUUGAUACUUUGCAAAAAGAUGAGUAUAAAAUUCACAAAGGUGUUAGAGCUGAGAUCAGGAAACAUAACGAUAAUUUAAGAGUUGAAGGAGAAUUUUCUGGACGAGUUCCUCAUGAGGCUCCCGUAGGAGAACGAGCCCCAGUUGUUCGACAUCCUGAUCAUUUAAGGACAGAUGGUGAAUUCCAAGGCAAGCCAAUGGAAGAUGCACCCCGUGGUGAACGAGCCCCAGUCAAGAAGCAUCCAGACAACUUAAAGAUGGAAGGUGACUUUGAAGGAAAGCCUCAAAAGAGUCCCAUAAGGGGGGAGCGUGCAACAGUGAAGAAACAUGAGGAUUCUCUGCGAAUGGAAGGAACGUUUGAGGGCCGUAGGAAAUCAGCAGCUACCAAGGGUGAGAGAGUGGAGGUGAAACGGCAUUCAGACAACCUGCGCUUGGAAGGUGACAUGACUUUCAUUAGGGAUGAAGCUGCUGUUGCUGGUGAAAGAGCUCACAUAACAAAGCAUGCUGACAAUCUAAGAAUGGAAGGGGAGCUGGAAGUGAGCAAGACUACCUAUGCCACCAAAGGGGAGAGAGCUGCUGUUCAGAAGCACGAAGAUUCUUUGCGAAUGGAAGGUGACAUGAUUAUCACAAAGAAAGAAAUGGCAACUAGAGGAGAACGAGCUGAAAUCCAGAGACAUGAAGAUCACCUGAAGACAGUGGGCGAAUUUGAAGGAAAAGAAAGAACGGUGAUAACAAAAGGAGAGCGUGCGGAAAUCAAGAAACAUAAAGACAAUCUUAAGAUGGAAGGAGAACUCAGUGUCGAGAAAACCACCACUGUAUUAAAGGGAGAGCGAGCAACCAUUAAAAAACAUGAAGAUUCUCUGAAGAUGGAAGGCAAGUUUGAAGGCCGAAGAAAAUCAGCUGCAGUUGGGAAAGGUGAGAGAGCAGAUGUUAGAAAGCCUAAGGAUAAUCUGAAACAAGAAGGCUCUUUGGAAGUGACCAAGGAAACUACUACGGUUAUUAAAGGCCAGAGGGCUGAGGUCAAACGACACGAGGAUCACCUCAAGAUGGAAGGCAGCUUCGAAGGAAGGAGAAAGACAGCAAGUACUUUUAAGGGGGAACGUGCAGAGAUCAAGAAACAUGAGGACAACCUUAAAAUGGAAGGGAAGUUCGAAGGCUUCCAAAGAACCAGCACCCCAAUCAAGGAAGGUGUAAAAAGAACGGACACUUUCAAGGUCAAGGGAGAAAGGGCACAAAUUAAGAAAUAUGAGGACAAUCUAAAGAUGGAAGGUGAGUUCUAUGGCACAUCACCGAGUGUGAGUCCCAUCAAGGGUGACCGGGCAGAUGUCAGGAAGCCCAAGGACAAUCUUUCUGUAAAUGGAAAAUUUGAAAAUCGUCCCAAAGAAUCUCCAGGAGUAGGUGAGCGUCCUCCACCGUACAAGUAUGACGACCAUCUGAAGAUGGAAGGGGACUUUGAAGGACGAAGAAGAGGAACCCCAGGAAAAGGAGAGCGGCUGCCACAAAAGAAACACCCUGACAAUUUACGACUUGAAGGUGACAUCGAUGGUAGGUCUCCAGAGAGUCCUGGGAAGGGUGAACACCUUCCUCAGAAGCGGUAUCCAGAUAAUUUGAAGUUGGAUGGCAGUUAUGAGGGUAGACCACAAGAAAGCCCAGGCAAGGGUGAGAGACUUCCUCAAAAGAGAUAUCCUGACAACCUCAAACAAGAGGGUAACAUGGAAGGACGUUCAAAGGGCAGCCCUGGAGAAGGUGAACGUCUGCCUCAAAAGCGCUACCCAGACAACCUCAAGGUAGAGGGAGAGUUCGAGGGCCGCCGACGAGACUCCGCCGUCCAGGGUAGCCGAGCCUCUAUCACCAAACACGAAGAUAGUCUCAGACUGGAAGGAGAAUUCACGGGGUCAAGGCGCGAGAGCAGCGUCAUCAACGGUAGGACUGAAGUUCAGAAGGCCAAAGAUGUGACAACAACAACUGGAACUGUGCAAACCAAACAAGAUACCGCCACCAUGAAAACAGGAAGCACCACCGUUAGGAGCAAGACGGAAGAAUCAAGUUCCAUGCAAAAGGCAGCGUCUAGCAAGGGUGAUACAUCUGCUAAUCGCAAUGUGGAGACGGUCGUGUCAUACACCGCUGACGGUCGGAAGAUAACGCGAGUCAUUACCAAAGAAUCGCGUGAGACCAAGUCGGCGUCAAAGGUAGAAUCAAGGGCAAGUAGCGUCAAAACAACAUCAGAAGAGCGCAAAAUCUCCUCUGCCGAAGCCAAAAUGCAAUCUUCUGAAACGUCUCAAUCCCAGGAAAGCUCUACAGCAACCGGUAGAUCAGUGAAGGGGAGAUCCCCACAGCCAGCUACCACACCCACGGGACGUGGCCGUCACAAUCAGUCAUCCUUCUCCCUGUCCGAGGACACAAGCUUCAGUGAAACCAAGGGUCGGUCAUCCUCAGUCCAGAAAUCCACCUCAAGCAGCCAAAUAAGCCUGGAUUCUUCCAAAGUGGAGUCAUCUGCUUCAACACGAGAGAUGGCUUCCUCGCUCCGACAGGCAGACGCCUUGGACCUGCGUGGUGGUGCAGGAAAAACGGAAACCCUACAUGGCGCUAUCCAUUCACAAGGAGCCAGUCACUCCUCUCAUAUAUCAGGCUCGCAAGACGAGUACCGCAAAUGGUCAGCACACCACCAGCAGCGUAGCGAUCAGCGGCGUGUGUCUAGCUCCACUGCCGCCACCACCAGCCGCAGUGAGCAGCGCACCACCAGCAGGGGCCGUGGUAACGCCUCCUCCAUCACCUUCCACUCAGAAUACGACCCGUGGCGGGACGCGACUAUCACCCGUAGGGGAGAGUGGCAGAUUGUGACUCCUUGCCCAGCUUCCUUGCUCGAAACCCGCUCCUCUUCUUACAAAUCCGCUCAUGAGACUAAGGACCACAAGUUUUAUUUGCCUGUAGUGGAUUGAGCAAACACUUUUCCACUCCUGCUCAUUUUAACCUGUGAUGCUGACCGCCUUACAAUAUUAUACUCCGUAGACAAUAUUCCGAGCCUUAAUCUUUACGACUGAUCUUGACUGUGAUUCUAAAAAUAACGCUCAAACUGACACACUGAGGAGCACUCAUCUCAUAGUCCAGCCUCAGUUGUAACUAGUAUGUUUACGGUAGCUUUAGGUAAGGAAUUUCUUUACAGCCAUGCUACUUAUUUUUAUAUAAACUUAAUGUUAAGGUCCAAAAUGUUCUUUUUCAUAAUAUAAUACAACGAAGACAACAGUGCUAUCCAUGCACAUUUCUUAUAGUGCUUGUAGUUGGGAAGUACGACAUAUAUUAUAUAUUUUGUUUACCUAACAAUGUUAAGUGGCAAGAGGGAGGCAGGCCAGGCCUGGGUUGGCCAGACGAGGGGACACGUCUGGGUAUCCCCGGCAGGCUGUCCUUUCCCGAUGCCUCUGCCCUCGGCCAUUGAGUCCUCGGCAGAUGGCCCGUGUUGGCACUCCUGGCCCGGUGACGAGUCCCUGUCCUCAAUGCCUGGGCUGUUUAUACUAUAAGCUUUUCCCAAUGGUGCUUGGUUGUGUUACCGCCUAAAUAUUUAUAUAAAGCUUCACGGUACGUUUAAACAAAAUAAUAUAUUAUAAUCAUAGUUUUAUUAUUUUGCAACUAUAUUGUGUUCAAAGGAAGGAAAUGCUUUUUAUUCUAAAAUAAUAUUCAAUUAGAAUACUGAUAAUUGAGUUACUUUCAUAAACAUUAUGAUUACCUUAAGUAUAUAUAAUUCUUAAGUUUGUGGGCUGGCUUCUGCGCCGGCCUGGUGUGCCAUAAGAAUGUUGCUGGGACGGAAGACCCAGACUUUAGACAAGGCAAUAAAUGGAAGUUUAUUGAUCCUAAGUCUGUUUAAGUGACCCAGCGGAGUGGAGAGGAGUCUGUAGGUCCUCCCGCUUACUGACAGGAGCAGCACACCCUUCGCUUGGCACCUGCUACUGUUUGCACACACACACACACACACACACACACACACACACACACACACACACACACACACACACACUAGCAUGCAAUUAUUAUACGAAUACUAGAGGCUCCUUGAACAUUCUUACUGUGUGUGUGUGUGUGUGUGUGUGUGUGUGUGUUACAUGGCUUUGUAUCCUACAAACGUCCUUAACGACAAUCAGAUCAGCUGACAUGUAGUACAUACAUGAAAUAUAUGAAGAUUUCUGUAACAAGUAAGAGAAAAAAGAAAUUAGUAUAUGAACACAUUAGCUAUCACACAAGGCACUUCGAGGAGAGACAAAAGUAAGACAAAUCACAACACGUCACCUUCGUCCUUCUGUUUGUCUGGCAGUCAUUCGCUAAAUCCAAGGGUGCAAUGAUAAAAGAAAGAAUAUAUAUAUAUAUAUAUAUAUAUAUAUAUAUAUAUAUAUAUAUAUAUAUAUAUAUAUAUAUAUAUAUAUAUAUAUAUAUAUACACUCACACACAUACACACACCUCAUUCUCUCUCCCAUUCUCCCACACGCAGUAGUAAAGUAGUAACUCUUCGUAUAUCCAGUGAGCCGAGAAAUGUUGAAUGUGAUACAACAUUAUGCAACAAUAAAUGCUUGCUUGUU